AUGAAAACUAAACAUGAUGAGUGCCCUACAAAUGUACAAAGUACUGAAAACAUUGUAGUUGAUAAUAAUGAAAAUUUAAAUGGAAGUUAUACUAAUGAAGAAAUAAAGGAAACCACUGAUGAUGGAAAGAAUUGUGGGAAUACUGUUAUUUGUGAAGAAUCUAUGGCUGAAAUAGCCAAUGAUAGUGAGCCAUCAGGAGCUGAAAAAGAGAACAUUGAUGAAGAAAAAGAAAUUCUGAAGGAAGAUGAGUCUAGAUCUGAUAACAUCAAUCCUGAUUUGCCAGUUAUAGAAGAGACUGAUGUUGACAUUCAUAAGUGA